CCAACCGGCUUCACUAACUAUGGCAAUGAAAGGACUCCAUGUUCGGAGCUAAAGUGUGACCAGUUCGAGGACCCCGUUGCAGCCUCAUCACAGCCUUAUGGAGGUCUGGCAGAAAUCUUGGCCCAAAUGAAGAGUAGCUGUUUAGCGCUGGCCCGACCGGACCAGUAUGGGAACAAGACCACUGGACCCACGGUGCUCCUCAAUAGCCUCUUCGACCUGACAGCGGACGUCCUGUCCAGCAACCAUACGGGCGACAGUGUGGUGGCCAUGAGCAGCCUGCUCAGCGCAGUGGAGGACUCCAUCAAACUCAUCGGCCCCCAACUCACUGAGAACCAAACCAGCAUGAACACAAGCCAGACAGAGACGAAGAUCACGGUGUGGAAGAAGACAACUCCCCCGAGCGGGCCGGUGCACCUGACCAACACCAAUGCCAGCCUGGAGGCGGACUGGAGCACGGCCAUCGGGAACGGAACCUACCCUGGUUUCGCCCUCGCUGCUCUGGUGAGUUAUAAGAACCUGGAGACCAUGCUGAACCAUUCCUUUGAGCAGAUAACCUUACCCGAAAAGAACGACAGGAAGCCCAGCUACGAGCUCUUCUCCAAGGUGGUGUCGGCGUUGGUCUCCAACCCUGACACACAGCACCUAGACAAGCCUGUCAUUCUCACCCUACGACACCUGAAGGAGCUGAAGGAGUCCGCUGAGGUGAGCUACACCUGUGCCUACUGGAAGGCUGCGGGAGGCGGGCUGCAGGGGAAGGAGGAGGAGGGCGGGGCCUGGUCCACCCGCGGCUGCACCCAGGUCUCCUCCAACGCCUCCCACACCGUCUGCAGCUGCACCCAUCUCAGCAGCUUUGCCGUUCUCAUUGCCCUCUACCCCAUCAACCACACCUUUGGCCUCAUGCUGCUGACCAAGCUGUGCCUGGUCGUCUCACUGCUAUGUCUGUUCCUGUGCAUCCUCACCUUCAUGUUCUGCCGCUCCAUCAAGGGCACCCGCAACACCAUCAACCUCCACCUCUGCAUCUGCCUCUUCCUAGCCGACCUCGUCUUCCUCGCAGGCAUAUCCGAGACCCAACCCCAGGUUGGAUGUCGGUUGGUGGCAGGCCUGCUCCACUUCUUCUUCCUGGGGGCGUUCAGCUGGAUGCUGCUGGAGGGCGUGCACCUGUACCGCAUGUUGGUGCUGGUGUUCAACACCACCAUCCGACCGCGCUACCUAUACACCGUGGGCUACGGGACGCCCCUCUUCAUCGUCAUCAUCUCGGUCAUCAGCAGACCCACGGGAUACGGCACUGACCAAUACUGCUGGCUGACGACAGAGCAGGGCCUCAUCUGGAGCUUCUUCGGGCCGGUGUGUGUCGUCAUUGGCCUCAACGUGGUCUUCUUCAGCAUCACCAUGUGGAAGCUGGCCCAGAAGUUCUCCAGCCUCAAAGUUGACCUCACCCACCUGCACAAAAUACGAGCUUUUACAGUCGGUGCUAUAGCUCAGCUGUGUGUGCUGGGUCUGAUGUGGCUCUCUGGGGUGUUCCUGUUUAAGGAGGGGGACUUGGUGGCUGCAUACAUAUUCACCAUCCUUAACGGCCUACAGGGGGCGCUGAUCUUCCUCCUGAACUGUCUGCUGUCAAAGCAGGUGAGAGAAGAGUAUGCCAAAUUAUUUUCCUGUGUCCGUCAACAAACCAGUAAAGUCCGAUACAGUCGGCCGCAGGCAUCCCGGAGCGGUCCACACACAAACGAAUCAAAUAUAUGAAGAAUCCUCAUACACACGGCUCCUCCCCUUGCUCUGUCUGGGGUUGGAUUUUUUGUAC